GUCAAUCAUAUUAGAUUAGAUUAGCGGUGGUGGUGGUUUAUUAAAUAAAAUUGGGCGGAAUGGAAUGAUGAGUUGAAUCCGCAAUGGAAGAAGAAGGCAAGGAAUCGGAGCAGGUUUCUGAUCAUUUUAUGUGCGCCGUUUGCUUAGACCUUCUAUACAAACCCAUUGUUCUAGUUUGUGGCCAUGUCACCUGCCUCUGGUGCUGCUACCAAUCCAUGGAUAAGAGGGGUCAAUCUCACUGUCCAUUAUGCAGGCACCCUUAUCGUCAUUUUCCCGCCAUCUGUCGGACGCUAGACAUUUUUCUCAACAAAAUGUAUCCAAUUUCCUACGAUAGAAGGAAAAAACAGACACUUGAUGAUGAACAACAAAACUCGUUAGGGUUUGCACUGGAUGAAGAACUAAGCAUUGUGGACCAGCCUUCUGAAGAUAAUUUGACAGCAAGUACUUCUUCCGCCGACGAAAAUAAAUCAAAUGAUGGGAAAUCGGGUGGUGGAUAUUGUUAUAAGCAGGUAACGGUUGCUGACGUGCUCUGUACUGCGUGCAAGCAACUGCUAUUUCAGCCCGUUGCUCUUAACUGUGGGCACGUUUACUGUGAGGCGUGCAUCACCAUCCCAGAAGACGGUGUGAUUAAAUGUCAUAGCUGUGAAUGUCAACAUCCAAGUGGAUUUCCAAAUGUCUGCAAGGAGCUUGAUUACGUAUUGGAGGAACAAUUUCCAUCAGAAUACACGCUUAGAAAAAGCAGUACGCAGCUCUCCCAAAAAAGAAAUCUGUUCGAAGAAGUGAAUGAGCAAGGUUCCGAGUUUGCAUAUCCAUCCGGAGAGAAUUUUCUUCAAUGGUGGGCUGUUCAUGGUUCUAAAUAUCAUCCAGGGCAUGGUUGCGAUAUGUGUGGGAUGUGUCCAAUAAUUGGAGAUAGAUAUGAGUGUAAAGAUUGCAAGGGAAAAAGAAGUUAUGAUCUUUGUGGAGAUUGCCAGAAAACAGGUAGAAAGGUUCCUGGCAGGUUUAAUCAGAAACAUACCUCCCAACACCGGCUUGAGAUGGUGAAAGCAGUCAUAAACCAAGAUGUUAUCUACAGAUUGUUAAGUGGACAGUUGGCCCUUCUUUCUGCAUCUCGUAAUCCAACUCUAGAAUUUGCAUCUUCUUCUCUUGAUGUAGAUGGUGAUGGUCCAACAGAAUCUGCAAUUGACUCAAGAGGUCAAAGUAGCAACCAAACUGCUGUGUGAUAGGUAAAUAUGCCUUAACUAUUACAACAUGGACCAUUUACUUAUAACAGGGUUGAUUUACGUGUUAUGCUUUAUCUCUUAACGGGUCAGAUAAGUAGCCCAAAAUGCAUGUAACCACAUUUCAUAUCAAUAGAUUGUUUACAGGAUGUAUCAAUCAAAAGUUACUACUCGUUUUGACCCGACCCUUGCAUACCUUUUACAGAUGUCUGUCAAUUUAGCUUUUAUUUUUCAUAUUUUUCUUACAGAAUGGAGAGGGUUAAACCCAAUCAUGUGCAGGAAUUAUGGAAGGUAAUUGGUUUAGCCUGAUAAUAUUAAAUAUGUUGUAUGUUCAACCAUUGAGGUAUACAUACGUUCUUAAACACAUGUAUGUGUGUUUUGUCAUUAUAUUAGGUGAAAAUCCAAUUAUUAAAUAUUUAAAAGUUUUGAA